AUGGAUUCUACAGAUGGUAAAAACAUAGGAUUUGUUAAAAGACAGGAAUUGAUUAGUGAAAGUAAGGAAAUAGAAAUGAUUGGUCAUCUUCAAGGUGACAUUUUUAACCAAGAUAAAUUUUUAAUUAAUGGUGUUGAAAUGAGUGUUAAAUUGGUUCGAUCAAGAGAGAGUUUUAAUUUAAUUGUUGGGUCAAACGAUGUAAAGUUUAAAGUUUGCAUUACGGACGCAACUCUUAUUGUUCGACGAGCACGAAUUAAUCCAAGUGUAUUCUCGCAUAUACUCGCACAUCAAAAAGUUUUAGCUUCUACCACUGCUAAAUAUCCUAUUACUCGAGCUGAAGUAAAAGUUUUAACAAUUCCUUCGGGUGUUCAAGGAAAAACUCUUGAUAAUAUAUUUUUAGGACAGGUACCGAAAAGAUGUAUAAUUGGAUUUGUGAACAAUUCUGCAUUUAAUGGUUCCCUUACUAAAAAUCCAUUUAACUUUGAAAACUAUGGUAUUAAUUCUUUCAGCUUAUAUAUUGAUGGUCAACAAAUACCUUCAAAAGCUUUGCAACCAUCUUUUAAUAAUAGCAUAUUUACAUCAGCAUAUCAUACUCUAUUCUCGGGAACUGGUAUUCACUUUCUUAAUGAAGGAAAUGGAAUCUCUUGUGAUCAGUAUGGCAAAGGUUACUGUCUAUUAGCAUUUGACUUAACUCCUGAUUUAUCAGCUAACUCAUCAACUCAUUGGAAUCUCAUAAAGCAUGGUAGUGUAAGAAUAGAAGUACGAUUUGAAUCCUCAUUAAUACAAACAAUUAACUGUAUAGUUUAUGCUGAGUUUGAUAAUAUUAUUGAGAUAGAUAAAAACAGAAAUGUUACUGUAGACUAUAGUAGUUAA